AUGUCGAGAGAAGAUCCCAUGAUUUCGAGUGGAGCGGGAAUGUCACGAUUUGUCUCAUACGAUCCAAUCAUUUCUUUCGAAUGUGAACCCCCGUCUCGAGUGUGGCAAGGAAAUCCUUUCACUAUAAUCGUCAAAGUGACAUUUCCAGGCUCUGAAGAAAUGCUACAAACAGACGCGAGUUUUGGGCUCAAUAUUUCUCUGAGUGACGAUCAUGGCCAAGAAUUUUGGAAAGAACUCCGUGGAUCAUUGACUUCAUCUCUGGAGACUGUCAUAGGUCGUGGCUGCCAGCGUAUCGCGGUUUUCAAAGACAUCAUAAUCCACGGAGUCGGUCGGCGCAAACUCCGAAUUCUGCUAGCAGUUGCUUCUAUGUCCCAAAUUACGGUCAAAGCGCGACUUGAUUCCAAUUUUUUCGAAGUGCAAGCUGCAUGA